UAGGGCCAGGAUACGAUACAGAUCGGCCCCCAGCAGACACUGCUCGCGGGGGCUGUUUCAGCACAUUCACGCGCUCGGGCGCAGUAGCCUCUGAUACUCCCGCGGCAGUGAGUUUCUGACCGCGCGCACUUCAGCUGCACCACUUUACCUGUGCAGACAGGGCGGAUUCUGACUCACGCGCGUCUCACCGCGGGCUCCACUUCCUCGAAAAAAAAAAGAAAAGAAUCAGAUACGCUUCGGCAUUUGGAGAGAGACGGUUUUACAUUAAGGUGGGACCAUGAUUACGGCGGCGGAGUACGGGAAGACUUCCUGGGAGCUCACGGUGCACGUGGAGCAGAGGAGCGGGGAGGAGGGCAUGAAGUUCAAGCUGCGGGUGGAGGGGAAGCUGCACAUCGGCGGACUCAUGCUCAAACUGGUGGAGAAAAUCAAGGCUCCCCAGGAUUGGUCGGAUUAUGCGCUGUGGUGGGAGCAGAAGAACUGCUGGCUGCUGAAGACCCACUGGACGCUGGAUAAGUACGGGGUCCAGGCCGACGCCACCCUGUACUACACCCCCCAGCACAAGCCCCUGUGCCUGCAGCUGCCCAACAUGAAGACCAUCAAGCUGAGCGUCAGCUACUCCGCCGUGGUCUUCAAAACCGUGGCCGACGUCUGCAGGGUUCUGAACAUCCGUAGGGCGGAGGAACUGUCCCUCCUGAGACCGCCCGACGACCCGUCCAAGAAGAAGAAGAAAAAAGACAAGAACAGAGACCAGGCCAUGGAGGACAUCCUGGACAUGGACGCCAUUGGGGGAAUGUCAGGCAGCCCCGGGCUCUACAGUAAGACCAUGAUCCCCACGUACGACCCGGAGAACGGGACGCCCGCCUCGGCCACCAGUCUGUGGUUUGGGGACAACCCCCUGACCACCAGCCAGCCCAACCUGCCCCCCGCUGAGCUGGCCAAGCUCUACCAGCCCCUCAGCCUCACGGACAAGACCGCUAUCAACGCCGGGUGGCUGGAUUCAUCGCGAUCCUUAAUGGAACAAGGCAUCCAGGAGGAGGAAAAACUGCUACUGCGAUUCAAGUACCACUGCUUCUUUGACCUCAACCCAAAAUAUGACGCGGUGCGGAUAAACCAGCUGUAUGAGCAGGCGCGCUGGACUGUGCUCCUGGAGGAGGUGGACUGCACAGAGGAGGAGAUGCUGAUGUUCGCGUCCCUCCAGUACCACAUCUGUAAGCUGACCAUGUCGUCCGAACCGCUGGACUACUCCAACGAGCCGGACAUCGACGAGGUGGAAGCGGCGCUCUCCAACCUGGAAGUGACUCUGGAGGGAGGAAACACAGACAGAAUGCUGGAAGAUAUUACAGACAUUCCAAAGCUGACCGACACCCUGAAGCUGUUCAGGCCCAAGAAGCUGACCCUUCGGCCCUAUAAGGAGUACUGGUUCAUUUUUAAAGACACCACGAUCUCCUAUUACAAGAACAAGGAGGCGGCCAGCGGGGAGCCCAUUGAGCAGUUUCAUUUAAGAGGAUGUGAGGUCGUUCCCGACGUAAAUGUGUCAGACAAGAAGUUCGGAAUCAAACUCCUGCUCCCGGUGGCGGACGGCAUGAACGAGGUGUACCUGCGCUGCGAAAACGAGACACAGUAUGCGAAGUGGAAAGCUGCCUGCAUCCUGGCCUCCAAGGGCAAGACGAUGGCCUACAGCUCCUACCGCACGGAGGUGCGCAACAUCCAGGCCUUCCUGCAGAUGAAGAAUCUGGCGCCCUCUUCUGGCCAGGCCACGCCGGACCUGGACUCCAUGGAGAUGAACGCCGAGUGCUUCGUCUCACCGCGAUACGUCAAGAAAUACAAGACCAAACAGUUGACGGGUCGGAUUCUGGAAGCGCAUCAGAACAUCGCCCAGCUGUCCCUGAUGGAGGCGAAGAUGAGGUUCAUACAGGCCUGGCAGUCCCUUCCCGAGUUUGGAGUCAGCUACUACAUCGUCAGGUUCAGGGGGAGUAAGAAGGAUGAGAUUUUGGGGGUCUCCCAUAACCGACUGAUCCGCAUCGACAUGUCCACUGGCCUGCCCCUCACCACCUGGAGGUUCUCCAACAUGAAGCAGUGGAACGUCAACUGGGAGAUCCGACAGGUGGCCAUCGAGUUCGACCAGAACGUCUCGGUGGCCUUCUCCUGCCAGAGCUGCGACUGCAAGGUGGUGCACGAGUACAUCGGCGGCUACAUCUUCCUCUCCACCCGCUCCAAGGACCAGAACGAGUCUCUCGACGAGGAGCUCUUCCACAAGCUCACCGGCGGCCAAGAGUGAGCCGGUCCGACUGCCCGGUCGGCUACGCCCCCCCCCAAACGCCAAGAUGGCAGAACGUUCUGGUGGAACCAAGCAGCCAGGGCCUGUUGUAGUUCUACACUAGCUGAUGUUGUCCCAAAUAUGUGCUUCUCUAUCUGGGUCUUGUGAAGCCAUUACGCAGAGCAUGAGUUUGUGUACUGAGUUUUCAUUUGUGUACUUUUUUUUUUUUUUUUUUUAAAGAGCAUGUAGUCAGGCUUUGUAAAUACAGGAAAAGGUUACAACAUGUUUAAUGAUUAAAUACCUGUGGAUUUUCACAGCAGAAUGUGCUACUAGUGGUAGAUUGUAUGAACAUUUGACUGUCAGAAUUCAUGCUUAUCUGGGUAGGGUCAGUGAGUAUUUCAUAUCACAGGCACGUUCUAUUCAUGGUUUUUUAUUGUUGGAUUUUUCCUGACAUUAAUCAUGUUAUAUUUGCAAUAGUAAGUGAGUCUCUCAAGAGUUUGAGCCUUUCAUCUUCCUAACUUUGGAAGAGCAUUUAAAUGGGAAAAAAGACAGUGUAUGGAGCAUUUACUUUUCUUGUUUACAAAAAAAAACCUGUAGAAGUUCUUUAAACUGAAACUCCCAAUAAAAUACUGGAUAUUUUUGUUGGAAAACAAA